UGCUGUGCUUACCAGCAGUAUUGGUUCAGGGUUAACUCUGUCAACUCCAAUUCAAAUUGAAAAGACUUGAAUCAAGUCCCUGCUGGUGCAGACCAAGUGGACCCCAGGUAUAACUCAUGAAAUAGCUCUGGGUUCUUAUGCCGAGGGAAAGGUUUAUGAAAACACCACACAGAGGAAUCAGUUCACUUGCCUGCAGCGCUGAAGGGGUUAAGCAAAGCAGCUUCCGUUCACUGAAGCUCUAGAGGUGUAGCCGGGAGUCACAGCGCACUGAAACCAGCAGCAGGGUCAGAGCUGUUAGGAAGGGAGGAAGCGCUUCACGUCUCACGCAUCACAGGGUUUGCAGACAGGGCUGCUGUAGGUUUUUCUUCUCCUUUUCAACUUUUACAAACCGUUUGCCUGCAUUGUGAACCAAGACUCGUCAAGCUCAAGAUUAACCAUGCCAGAAUACGGUUACGAGGAGAUUGGUGAGGAUGAAGUGAAUGACAUACGGGAAGCGAUGGAAGCUGGGGGUUUAGCAGGGGCUGCAGAACGCAUCCAGGUUUACCUGGAGUCGCUAGACAGCGUGGAGCUCAACAUCGCCAUCACCGGGGAGUCAGGAGCGGGCAAGUCCACCUUCGUCAACGCCUUCAGAGGACUGAAGGAGGAGGACGAGGGGGCAGCCCCGACGGGGGUGGUGGAGACCACCGCGGAGCCCACUGAGUACCCUCACCCCAAGUUUCCCAACGUCACGAUCUGGGAUCUUCCAGGGAUCGGAACUCCGAACUUCAAAGCAGAUGAGUACCUGGAGCAGGUGAACUUCAAGCGCUAUGAUUUCUUCAUCAUCAUCGCGUCCGAGCGCUUCCGAUCCAACAACGUGACGCUCGCCAUGCAGAUCCAGGAGAUGAAGAAGAAGUUCUACUUCGUCCGCUCCAAGAUCGAUGAAAACCUCAGGGCGGAGAGCAGAAAGAGAGGCUACAGCGAGGAGAAGACUCUGGACCAGAUCAGACAAAACUGCGUCCAGGGCCUGGAGGACCACGGGGUGAAGGACCCGCGGGUCUUUCUGAUCUCCAGCUUCGACCUGAAACUCUACGACUUCGACAGGCUGGAGGAGACCCUGGAGAAGGAGCUCCCCAAACACAAGAGGCACAUCCUGCUGCUCUCCCUGCCCAACAUCUCCCUGCAAGUUUCAAAGCGGAAGCAGGAGGAGCUGCGAGCCAGGAUCUGGAAACUAGCUGCCCUUUCGUGCGGGGUCGCCGUCGUGCCCAUCCCCGGUCUCUCGGUAGUUUGUGACGUCGCUAUCUUGGUUAGAGAGCUGACGCUUUACUACAACACUUUCAGCCUGGAUGAUGAAUCCCUUCAGAGCCUGGCCCAGAGGGUGGAUAAACCAGUGGAAGACCUGAAGUCUGUGAUCAAAUCCCCGCUGGCAAAGGAGAUAUCGAGCGACGUGGUCCUCAAGCUGCUGAUGAAGGCAGCAGGAGGAGGGCUGAUGGUGGUGGAGUACUGGGUCAGCACCAUCCCCAUCUUUGGAUCUAUAGCAGCGGGAGGGAUCUCGUUCGGAACCACCUAUUACAUGCUGAAGAGCUGCUUGGAGGAGCUAGCGGAGGAUUCCUGCAACGUGCUGAAAAAGGCGUUUGAAACGGAGGUCUGAUGAAGGGAAUCCGGUAACUGCACAUUGUUAAACAAAUCCAGUCAAAAUGUUGCAUCAGUGUGGAGUAGUGGUAGCAGUGUGGAGUAGUGGUUAGGGCUCUGGACUCCAGACCGGAGGGUCGUGGGUUCAAUCCCAGGUGGGGGACACUGCUGCUGUACCCUUGAGCAAGGUACUUUACCUAGAUUGCUCCAGUAAAAAACCCAACUGUAUAAAUGGGUAAUUGUAUGUAAAAAUAAUGUGUAAAAAAAAAAAAAAAAAAAAAAGUGAUAUCUUGUAACAAUUGUAAGUCGCCCUGGAUAAGGGCGUCUGCUAAGAAAUAAAUAAUAAUAAUUUUUUAACCUAAUGUAAAUGUGUCAGUUUGAAUAUAUAUUUUUUCCCCCUCAGUAAAUCUAGUCUUUUAAUGUUUUGUUGACACUGUUGCAUUUUCUGUAAUUUUCCAUACACUGUGUAUCUAUUACACACACACACACACAGACACACACACACAGAGCAGUGUGCAUUUACUAGAACACCAAGAUGAGUCAUUAGCAGCCUUCAUCCAUCCGCAUGCAAUUCUCACACCUCAGGCCCUCGUGCGUGUGAAGAGGUCAGAGACUCUCUGUUCUUUAAUCAGGCGUCUUCUAAAAAAGCCUCCUGCGUUUUACCACGUGCGGCUACGUGUUCCCUUUUCUCUUCCCAUUUUAAAUUGAACGCAUGUGUGGCCUAUUAAAAAAGACAGCAAUUGAAAAUCAGACAAUCGCUAACUUGUCAAUUUUCAGUUACAGUGGCUUGAUUUCACAUGCAAAACAAACCAAGACUACUUUAUAUAGAUAUACACACACACACACACACACACACACACACACACACACACAAAUAGGGUUAAGGUUAUAUAUUCUGCAGUACUGUUCAUUGUGUUCUGCAGGAUACGAUUCAGGGAUAUUUCUUUGGUAUUUGUUGAAGAUAGGACUGUGGCUUGGGAUCCCUGGUUUUCUUUCGAGCUGCACUGGAAGAGACUGGAGAAGGAGCUCCUCCUCCAUCACAAGGGACGCGCCUGACUGCUGUUGUGUAGCUAUUUCAAAUGAAGGUGGUGGUGGUGGUGCUUCUUAAAAUAACGAGCUGAACUGUUCUGUAAUGAAUGUGUUUCGAGAUCUCGACACACCUGCCUGUUGUGUGCUGGGGGUGAAAUGCUUCGGCUGUUCUGGUCCUCAGCGUUUCCAGGAAAGCUGUUUCUUUCACUUUACUGUAAAAUCGGUUGUUUUUCAUCCCUGUCAUUAAAAGACUUGUUGUCGUAACAA